AUGAUAUUUGCUACUGUUAGCAUUUCAUACAAUUGUGAUGGGGUUGCUGCACGAGCUUGGGGUUUGUUGUUUCUUGAGCCUAACAUAAUAUUGGAGAUCCUCAAGGAUAGACUAUCAUGGCUACUUGAUUGUUGGAAGCUGGAGGGGUUCGGCAAGUUUCCUGCUAAAAUUGGGGGAAUUAUUGAAUUGAUAUACAUACAAUUCUAUGCUUCUACGACAGUGGAUCCUGCUAGUGACUUCUGGAUGCUAAGAUACACAUCAACUUUGGAUUAUGGUACCAUUGUGGUAAAGUCUCAUUUGCCUUCUAGUUUAUUUUUCCAAGAGCUUCUUCUUGAAAAUAGUCCUGGUCAAGUUGCUGAUCCACAAUUCACAAGAGCCAUGAUUAUGACCAGUGGCUAUAUAAUUCGGCCAAUUGCAGGGGCAGGCUCAAGCAUUCAUAUUGUUGACCAUCUGGACCUUGAGACACCAAUUAUUCCUGACAUACUGAAGCCUGUCUGUGAAUCAUCCAAUCUAGUGGCUCAGAAGUUGACCUAUGCUGACCGAGCGGGAAGAGCCUAUAUGCCCAAGGAUAUUGCUCUAUAA